GCUAAAAUCUCCCAAAAACUAUGUCAAUUAAUCACAAAAAAUGAGCAAACUAUGGGCCUUAUUUACUUUAAUAGUCGUCGUCGAUGGUCUCGACCUCGUCAACAUGCCGUCAGAAGUGCUAAGGAGCGGGCAAGAAAAACUCGAGCUCCUCGAAGAGAAUUCUCGUCUUCCGCAGUACAGCGACUGUUGGACAAAAGCGAUAAAACACCUCAAAACGGGCUGUCGCGUACUUACAGACUCCGUGCAAUCGGAUCUCGCCUUGCAUUUCACAAAUUGCUUCCUCGAGAUGAGCGGCCAGGAGCCCCUCGAUUGCGUCAAUGAACGAACUGUCGCGUUAAAGCGACUUUGCCUCAAAGACGUCUCAGAUCGUGCUUACAAUGCUUACACUGAAUUUUUCACGCAAACACAGAACAUGUGUUACUUCUUGCAAAACCAAAUUUGGCACCGCGAAACCGAAAACACGAUAAAUUCGUUGAGCAGCAAUUCGAGGAUCGUCAGCGAAAAACUCCGGGAGGCGAGUGACUUGCAAAAUGUCCUGCUGGAACACCAAAAAAAGGGAUUGCAAGCGCAAGAAGAGCUCAUUGCGAACGGAAAAAAUUUAUCCGACUCGUUAAAUGUCUCAAAACGGACUUUGAACCAGCUGACAUCGGAAAUUCGUGAAUCAACGAUCGCCCAUCGGACAGUUUUGGAGGAACUUUUUAAGGAAUUUCAUCUUUUGCAUAACUGGCUUGUGGGACGUUACGCGAUGAUCGAUAAAAUUGUGUAUUUUGCCGUUUCGUUGGCUUUAAUUAUGAUUUCAACUUCCGUUUCGUUCACAUCCGGGGCAAGAAUUUACCUGAUUUUGAAUUUAUUUGGGAAUUUUGUGAUGGAAUGGCUUCUUCCGGGCAUCGUUACAACGCUAGAUUCGGAUCCGAACAACAUCUCGCAUGACACUUACGUCUGGAUGAUACGAAAAAUCUUCAUUUUUACCGCGGUGCUGCUUUUUACCUUCUACUUGUUCAAGUACGAGGACAAAUUUAGCAAGCAAUUGACCUUGCUGAAGGAAAUUCAGGCACAAAAUCGUCGAAUAAUGGAAGAUAUUUUGCUUAUCAAGAUGCGAACGGUGCGCGAAUACUCAAAAACGCCUCCUUUAGCGACAAUUUCCUCGCCAAAUAAUCACUCAUCCACGCCGCCAAUGGAAUCGCCUCGUCUUGUGACCAAUAAAUCCUUUGGAAAAACCUCGCCGAACCCGUUGCCGGUGCUUGUUGAGACCGACAACGAGAAUGAUGAGACAAUUUCACCUGCAAGAAACGUUCGAAGUGUUUCUCUGGCAUCAACGGUGUCACAAUCUUCCGUCAGAUACAACUUGCGACGACGAACGGAGCUCUUCACAGUGAAAGAAUGAAGAAAAUUUAAGAAAAAUCACUCAAAACAAGACUAACAAGCUUAUUUACAUUCCACAAAAAAAAUUCAGUGAGAACAAAAAAGCACAAAAAGAACACUAGACUGACACUCCAAAGCCAUUUUUGAAGAAUUUUACUCCUUUUUGGGAGUAUGACUAACUAAGAUUUGAUAAAAAUUAAGUUUUUUUGAAUGAAGUAGUUUUUAAGGCAUUUCAACUGUUGAACAACUUAUCUAAUAGUAAUGUUAUUGACUAAUAAAUU